AUGGGGAAUGUCACAGCUGUGACAGAGUUUGUCCUGGUGGGAUUUCCUAACAGCCAUGAAGUGGAGAUCAUCUUCUUUGUGGUGUUCCUGCUUGCUUAUGUAGUGACUGUCCUGGGAAAUGCUCUAAUCAUUGUACUGGUCUAUACAGACUGCCGCCUCUGUUCUCCCAUGUAUUACUUCCUCACUAAUUUGUCCUUCAUUGAGAUCGCCAUGACCUCCAUUGUUGUGCCAAAAAUGCUGGCAAACAUCCUGUCAGAGAAGAAAACCAUCUCCUUUGCUGGCUGCUUUAGCCAACUCUUCUUUUACUUCUUCCUGGCUGCAACGGAGUUCAUCCUCUUUGCCAUCAUGUCCUAUGACCGGUAUGUGGCAAUAUGCAACCCUCUGAGGUAUCCCACCAUCAUGACGGAAAGGGCAUGCAGCCAGCUUGUACUGGGUGCGUGGGUGGGUGGCUUGGUCAUGAUCCUGCCACCAGCGGUCCUGAAAGCCAGGCUGCCGUACUGUGGUCCCAACAUCAUCAACCACUACUUCUGUGACAGCGCACCUCUCCUGCACCUCGCUUGCACAGACAUCCGGCUUGUUGAGCUGAAUGAUUUUGUGGUGUCCUUGGUCCUGCUCCUCGGCUCCUUGGCGUUGACCAUUGUCUCCUAUGCUUGGAUUAUUUCAACCAUAUUCCGGAUCCCAUCUGCCCAGGGCAGGCAGAAAACUUUUGCCACUUGCGCUUCUCAUUUCACUGUUGCUUCCCUGGGUUUUGGCAUCUCCAUCUUUGUCUAUGUCAGGCCUUCCCAGAUGAACUCUGUGCACCUCAACAAAAUCCUUUCUGUUCUCUCUGGCAUUGUGACUCCUCUUUUAAACCCCUUCAUAUUCAGCCUAAGGAAUGAGCAGAUGAAAGAGGCCUGGAAGACUGUUGUGCGCAACUGCUUGGGGAUGGCUAAGCAAGGCAGAAAGCUGUGA